AUGGAACACGAACGCUCUUUCCAAAAACAACCAACAAUUUUCUUAAAUAAGAAACAAGCUGCCGCCAAAGCCAGCAAAACCGGUCGUGCUGAACGAUACACACGUAAUGUUGGUUUAGGUUUCAAAACACCACGUGAAGCUAUUGAAGGUACAUACAUCGAUAAGAAGUGCCCAUUCACUGGCAACGUUAGCAUUCGUGGUCGUAUUCUUACUGGUACAGUGAUGAAACUUAAAAUGACACGUACCAUUGUCAUCCGCCGAGAUUAUCUACACUAUUCCAUGCUUCCGUGA